GCGAAUCUGUACCGAAUGAAAGUGGCCCCGGAGUGAACACAAACUUCCCACGUGUGCGCCACGCCCAGUAGUGACGUCACGCCACGCCUUCAACGCCGUUCUCGUGUGUGAACAAGCAAAUGUAAGCAACUUGGCCAAACCCUUCAUGGAAGUAAACGCGUCCGUGUCGGCUGGAAAAUGAAAUGCAAGCCACAAGUUGUCCUGAAAUAUGGUGGUUAAUUAAAUAGGCUUUGACUUCCCCACCUCGCCCGUCUUGCGAGUAUGGACCCCAGCCUGUGGCAGUACCAGUUCCGCAUCAUCAUGUUGGGCGACUCGACGGUGGGCAAGUCGUCGCUGCUCAAACGCUUCACGGAGGACCAGUUUCUCGAGGCCAUCGAUGAGACGGUUGGGGUGGACUUCUACGUUCACUUUAUGGAGGUGGAACCCGGCGUCCGGAUCAAGUUGCAGUUCUGGGACACUGCCGGUCAGGAGCGCUUCAGGUCGGUGACGCGCUCCUACUACCGCAACUCAGUGGGAGGCCUUCUGGUCUUUGACCUGACCAACCGCGCGUCCUUCGAGCACAUCCGGGACUGGCACGCCGAGGUGUGCGAGCAUGUGCUGCCCCACCGGGUCCUGUUUGUCCUGGCGGGCCACAAGAGCGAUUGUGACGGCCAAGCCAAGCGGGCGGUGAGCCGCGACGAGGCCGAGAAGCUGGCCGCCGUCAUGGGCAUACCCUACGUGGAGGCCUCGGCCAAGACGGGCCACAACGUCAAGGAGACCUUCGAGCUGCUGGCCCGCCGGAUUUACAAGGGACUGGCGAGCGGGGAGGUGGAUCUGCACGAGGGCUGGGAUGGAGUCAAGUGCGCUGCGCCGCUCGCUCUGCAGGGACGCAGGAGCAGCCUGGCCCGAAAGAACAAAAAGAAAUGCUGUGACUAGAGUGGUUCAAGCCAAGGUCCCCCAACUUUGUUUACACCAUCGACCGCUUACACUUCAAACAAUUUUUUGAUAGACUGACGCAGAAACAUAUUAAAAUAAACAUGAAAGGUGCAA